AAUUAUUGGACUAAAUAAUUUUUAAAUAAUUUUUAAUUUUAAAUAAUAAUCUAUGAUGUUUUAGUUAAGUAAUUGAGUAAGUUGAAAUAAAAAUUUAAAUAACUACCUAUCGUAUUAAGUAAAAUAACUAUCUAGUUAAAUUAAUUGGAUAACAAUUAUGUAUGUAUCAUAAUUACUCUAUGAAACAACAAGUAAUUGCUCAAUAAAUAAUUUAUUAUAAGAUAUUAAUAGAAGAUUAUUGACUAUGUUUAGAGAUGGCGUCACCUGGUAAUUAUGGAGGAUCACGUAGUUCUCGAGGAGCUGGAAAGAGAUUGAGAAGAUUCAUUGGACGCCCCAUUAGCACUAGUGCGAGAAAUAGGGACCCAAAUGAUAGAGAUGAGCCACAGCCACAACGACUAGUGACACCGAUGAGUUUGAGGGCUGACGGUUUUCCUCAGUUUGAUUUUCAGAUGCCUAGUAGGGCUGGUAGUGGAGCUGGUCCCAGUCGUGAUCAUGCUUCACCGUUUGAGCCUUCAGAUGAGAUUGAUGACGAGUCAGAGGAGUAUGAUUCGGAUGCUGUUGAGUAUCGCAUUCCACCAGUCAGUCCGAUCAGAGACAGAGGUGCCCCCAGCGGAUCGUCACAUGUCGUUACUGGGGUUCAUGCUGUUACUGGGAUCUAUAGAGACCAUGCAGGGCGUUUCUAUAGAGCUCCACAGCCUAGUGAGGGCCAGAGUGGUACUGCUGAUGUGGGAGAGGCCUGGGAGCCUAGAGGACCAUGUCCUGGAGGGCCGAGCGACCCGAGUUUGCUCCGUAGCUUUCUUGGGCAUGUUGCCCACCGCCUGUACACUAGACAGGCUAAUAGAGGGGUGAUCACUUGCUACGAUAGGAGUUCGACCCUUCGCCACGUUCUCGACGGUUAUGUGAUAGCAGAUGAUAAUGCUAGGACUAUCGUAGAGACAUCGGGCCUUGCUCACCUCGUUGAUAUCACCUUCUGGAGCGAGCUGGACCCUGCUCUCAUCUCGGCAUUUGUGGAGAGGUGGCAGCCGGAUACCAACACCUUCCACAUGCCGUUUGGAGAGAUGACGAUCCUCCUUCACAAUGUGGCACACAUUCUUGGGCUUGCAGUUGAGGGAGAGGCGAUGGUAGUGGAUCCGAGGCAGUUGGAAAAGUGUGCACUGGAGACUGACAUCCAAGCACUACUGGGAUUAGAUCGUGAUGAUUCUGAGUACGGGUCGCAGGUUGGCGAGGUUGCCAGUUUGUCUAGGUGGUACAGAGGAUUUGGUUUGUUGGGUGUGGGAGCUUUGACUCAUUUGCAGCAGUCUGGUCCGCCAGCUAGAGAGGCUCAGUGUUACCUUCUUUUGCUGCUUGGGUCCACACUGUUCGUAGAUAUGAGUAAGGACCGCGUUUCUACUGUUGUCAACUUGUUGUGAAGAGGCCGGAUAUGCUAGGAGAGUAUGCGUGGGGGCAGGAGCACUUGCUUAUCUGUACAGGCAGCUUGGUAUUGCCUCCCGGGCGGAGGCUAAGGGAGUGGCGGGUUGUCUGACUUUACUACAGUGUUGGAUUUACGACCACUUUCCUACUUUGAGGCCUAGUCGGUUGAAGCCACGAGAGCUGGAGCAGGGGCAGGCAGGAGCAUUCAGGUGGCGUUGUACAGCACCCUAGUCGAUGAAGGAGAGGGAUGCACAGAUGCUGGCUUAUUAUCGGCAUGCGAUUGAUUGUUUGACCCCUCACUCAGUUUGUUGGACUCCGUAUGGUCAGAGUCCUCAUCUGACGGUGAGACGUACCUUGUAUCAGGGCCUGCUCAGAUUUGCAGAGAUAGUAGAGCCAUAUGAUCCCACUAGGUGCCUCCGACAGUUAGGCUACGGGCAGAGUGUACCGUAUCCCCCGGAGCGUCCGCUUGUUGUGCGUCGACCUGCUUCCACGCUUGGAUACUCUCUUAGCUACCAAUCUGUUUAUGAUUCGUGCUGGAACAACUUGGGGGCACAUAGUGUGCAUCUGGACCUUUAUUCUACUCCGGUACGACGUAAGCCAUGGGAGGUUGCUGAGGAUUACAUGGGGUGGUACAUUAGGCACUCGCAAUAAUUUAAUUAACUCUAAAAAAUAACGAUAAUUUGACGGUAAGAAAAUUAUUUUAAAUAU